AUGAAGGAAGGACUAAGCCUUCAUCAAAUAUUUAUUCAAGUAUCUUCUGCUGAAGAUAAAGCUUUUAAAUUUACAAAGAUAAAUCUAAUUUAUCACGUCACCACAACCACUCAACUAACCACAAGAGCAAAUCAUACAAUCCCAGAAUUUCAAUCAAGCAGCCAUACCCAGCUGAGAAACGCUCUUUUGAUUCGCACCCGAUUUUUGUAUUUGGUGUCUGUCGAGAUUGCUGUUUGUGGAGAAGAUGAACCAGUUUUUUAG